CCUGCAUGGUCAAAGAUGGCGGAUGGGAAGAUCUACGGACGAAACCAAACGUGUCCACCGAAAAAAGAUUAGUUGAUCGUCAGGUAGAGGUUAACUAUGGGACAAGAGCAAAGCAAUAGUUUUCCGGGUCAGAUGGGUCAUCCAAAUGUUCCAUAUACCGCGCAAUCCUUGGGGAAAGUCAAAGAUGAAGAUGGAAAAUCGAAAUCCAAACAGCGAGCGAAACUGGAAGACAUCAUGGUCGUCAAUGCGCCAACUGGAAAGACAAAACUUGUUUCCAAGAGUGAAGAUCUCGAUAUAAGGAAUUUGAACAAAUUACCUUAUUUCUUACCACUGCUGAGAAGCACUGUCAAUGUACCUGCGAGUAGAGACUUAGAUUUCUUUGAUAAAUUCGAUUUGCGUCCUUGCUUAUCGUUGUGUUCGCGCUAUGAGAAACAUUUAAAGCAGUGUGCUGAGGCUGUGUCGUUUGAUCAAUCUAUGCUGUCAUCACGGAUUCGAGAAAUGGAUUCUUACUGUGCCUCAGUUCUACGAAGAGUGAACGACAGAUACAAAAGAUUAUCUCGGGUAGCGAUGCAGAUGAAAAAAGUUGAAGAAAUGAAUGCAAAUCUGAGAAGAAUUGAUGCUAAUCUUAAGCGCCUUGUUCCCAUGAUGGAAAGGUUGAAUAACGUUUUACCUGAUGAAGAACGCCUCGAAGAGUUUUCUUUAUCUCCAUAUAGUAUACAACGAUAAUACUGAGGCAAUAACAACUUAAGGCAACAUAUCUAGAGCCUUUAUUUUUAGCUUUAAAGGAGAGACCCACCUAUCUACCUCUCAGUGAAUUACAUUAUUUGCUGUGUUAUUCCUUGUCUCAUAAACUAAAGAGACAAGUUUGACCUGAGUUGCCUUAUGUUCCAUGUAGUAUUAUAAAAUAAUCUAAAUUGUGAAUGCAUUUUUUAUUGGCUCUUAUGAUAUAAUGGAAGUCGGAUGCUUAGAUGAGAAAUCAUUCAAUUUUUUUUUUCUUUUUUUGCUUCUUUAUCAUAUAAAACAAUUAGAUUCCAUAAUGCCGUGGGUCUGUUCAGUUAUAGAUUACAGAUAUCAAAAUGUGGGAAGAAGGCACAUCAGUGACAAACUAGGCUGUUCUGUGUGCCAUUUUUUUUUUCUUGUCUCAUUUUGAUGUCAUUUGUGAUCUAUGACUGAAGGCAUGUGUAGCAAUAUGGGAUCCAUUUGAUAAACUGUAGCUCCAAACCCUAGCUCUUGAAAGGUUUGAUGACCAGCAGUGUACGCUCAAAUUACAAUGCAAGGCUUAAAAUAGUCAGUUUGUGAAGGGAAAAUUGGAUCACCUCUUAAUGCUUUUCUUGUUGAUGCUCCUGAUGGACCCCUGUAAUUAAACAAAUCAAACUAGACAGUUGUCUUUAUCUUCCCUAAAAAAGGUGAAUAAUAUCCAUUUUUCACCCAACUGCACAAAGUAGAGUACAAAUAACAUGCUAAUAGGGUAAAAAUAUCCUUUGAUAUUGAACAGUUGGUUAUUUUGUACUGUAAAGACAUGUUUAACCAGUUAACUGCAGGCCCCAUGCUUCUCUAUCUACUUUGCUUUUCCUGCCUCUUACAAAAAUGAAUGGAAAUACCUGGCAAGUAAAAAAGAAGUUGGAUAAUAAAUAACUUAUUUUAUGA